UGCUGCCGCUGCCCUGCCUCGGCUGCUUCUUUUCUUUUCUUGAUCUCUCCUCCGGAAAUUAGCUAUCCUUCUCCUCGACUCCUCCUCGUCGUCAUGGCACCACUGAGGGGGGCCAAGCGCCGGAAGCGGCACCCCGAGAAGGCCCUGCCGGCGGGGGUGAUGGCGCCCUUGCCCCCGCCCGACGCCGCCGAUUGGUGGGACUCCUUCUCCCGCAGGCUUGCAGCAGGACACUACUCCAAAGACUGCCAGAACUUUGAGUCAGUCUUCAAGAUGUCGAGGAAGACAUUCGACUACAUUUGCACUCUUAUUACCGGGGACUUCUCAAGAAAGACACAGGGUUUCAGAAAUUUCAGGUUUGGAGACAAGACGAUUCUUGCGUUGGAGGAUCAAGUAGCUGUUGCUCUGUUGAGACUGACGACUGGUGAGUCACUUCUGAGCAUAGGGAAUCGCUUUGGAAUGAACCACUCAGCAAUCUCAAACAUCACUUGGAAGUUCAUUGAGUCCUUGGAGGAUCACGCAAUCAGUCAUCUGAAGUGGCCUGACCCUGAGGAGAUGGCGACCAUCAAAGCAAAGUUCGAAAAGCUCCAGGGCCUCCCCAACUGCUGCGGCGCCAUAGACACAACACACAUCCUCAUGUGCUCUUCAGCUCAGCCUAACAGCAAUGUCUGGCUUGACUGUGAGAACAGGAACAGCAUGGUCCUGCAGGCCGUUGUCGACCCCGACAUGCGGUUCAGAGACGUUGUCAGUGGCUGGCCUGGGAGCAUGGAUGACUCCUGCAUCCUGCGCACCUCGGGCUUCUACAAGCUGUGCGAGAAAGGCGGGAGGCUGGACGGACAAAUGGAGCUUCCUGGGGAGCCAGCAGGGUCAGUGGUCAGAGAGUACAUCAUCGGGGACACGGGCUACCCUCUCCUUCCCUGGCUGAUGACUCCAUACCAAGAGCGCGAUCUGUCUCCAGCAAAAGCAGCAUUCAACAAGCAGCACGCCACGGCGAGAAUGGUGGUGCAGGGUGCUAUGGCCAGGCUGAAGGAAAGGUGGCAGGUACUCAAGGGGGAGCUGUGGAGGCCUGACAAGCACCGGCUACCGAGGAUCAUCUACGCCUGCUGCCUGCUCACCAACAUCAUGAUCGACCUCGGGGACACACACAGAGAACGGGCACCGGCGUCGCACGACCAUGAUGACGGUUACUAUCAGCAGUUCAGCAAUGUGGCCGACGACGGUGCGGUCGCACAGAGGGACGUGCUUUGCCAGUAUGUCAGCAGGCUAGGCGGCAAAUUGCCGGAGUGAUUCUCGCCCUCUAGCUGCAUACCGUGCGCCUCUUCGCCUAUUUUUCUCUCUGCUCGACAUGAAACAAAUGAUAGCUACAGAACAUAGAAUCGUGAUCUGGAUAUUUGUUACCCUUGAGACGGUUUGCUGCGAUUGUUAUUGGUAUUAUUAAAUAGGUCAUAGAAGUUGUAACCUGAAUUGCGGUUACUUUGAAGAGAGUCUGCGUUGCUCGUUA